AGUGAAUACAGCUUUCCUUUGCUCAAUGUUCCUGUAGUCAUCAAAAUCACCACAUACAUCAGGAAGAAGAGAUAAAGAGUGUGCUUUAGGGCCAAUCUUGUUUCGUUUAAACGAUGGCCAAAAUAUUUGGCAUAUUUGCUUGUUUUCUGAUUGUGGCUUUGGAUGUUACAGCAGGGAUUCUUGGUAUCAAAGCAGAAGCAGCUCAAAACCAGCAAAAGCAUUUGAGGGUUUUCAUAUUUGAGUGCAAAGAGCCAAGCCAUGAUGCCUUUCUUCUGGGAUUGGCUGCAGCAUCCCUUCUUGCAAUAGCUCAUAUACUUGCAAACCUGCUUGGAGGAUGCAGUAUUUGCACUACACAUGAUGUUCAGAAAGCAUCCCCCAGUAGGCAAAUCUCUCUAGCAUGCCUGCUAUUCACAUGGAUCAUACUGGCUGUCGCCUUGUCUAUGUUGGUGAUUGGAAUAAUGUCAAACAGGAAGUCAAGAGCCUCUUGUGGUUUCACACACCACCAUUUUCUGUCUAUUGGAGGAAUCUUGUGCAUGGUUCAUGGCCUAUUUUCUGUUGCCUACUAUGUUACAACCACCGCAGCAAAUCCAUAGGCAACAAAAGGCUCAAUUUACUAAUCUAUGGUGUUCCCCUUUUUUCCCCUCAUUUUUGUGUUCACCUUUUGGUACUUUGAUUAGUCUCUCUACACACUCUUCCUUUUGAAACCUCAUGUAUGAUAAAAACAUCCCCACCAGGCCACCACUAUGGGCUUGUUCUCAAUUGAUUAUUUUAAAUGAUUAUAAAUUCUAAUUUUAG